AUGUUUAUCUUUUGUUAUAAAUUAUUCAUUUUGAUUAUUUAAUAAACCGGUUAAAAUGGCACCGGUUAGUCAAGUGUCUGCAAUGCCAGCCGAUAUACUAGCUGCUAUUAGAUGUCGUUAAUCAUUAUCACAAUACAGCGAAACCGCAAACUACGCGUAAAUACUCUAUGUCGAUACUUGCUGAUCACUUAUUCACACAUGAUGAUAUUUCAUGCAAACAACAAUUACUUUCGAACGCAAAUUUGCCUUUACUUGUGCAUUUUAGUUAUCAACAGAAAGAGAUGUUACUAGUGAGACGUUUCUUGUUCAAAAUCACAGAGUAGUGAUUCGCAUUCUUAUUAUAUAUAAAUCACUAGCGAUAUCGAACUACACUUUGACAAACAUUCGAUGUAUUCGCAAAAUAUCUACAUACACACAGAAAAAUACAUACUGCAUUCAAAGGUGACUUGUUUCAAGUAUUUACAAAGUUUGUAUAUCCGCAAAUCUAUCAUACGUUCAUUUUAUAAGCAUCAAAUUCACUCAAAACACAUUCUUAGUUCUAAUAGUCGAACCAAUUUUUUCUUCAAUAAAGUUUUAUAAUAUUCUUCAAAAGAAUGAGUUCUUCUCUUGAGUGCAUGACAAUAAACAUUUAUUAAAUUUAUGAUAAAUAUAUUUUAAGAGUAAUGAGUCCCGGACUAUCAAAUGUCCAAAAUCGAAUCACAAGACAUAUUUAAGGCAUAUUUAAGACAAUACCUUAUAAACUUGUCUUAAAGAUGUCUUGAAGAUGUCUUGAAGACGUCUUAUGACCCAAUUUUGGACAUUGUGCAGUCUGGGAGUAUUUUAUUGACAAGGAGCCAUUCUCCUUAGUCCAGAGCCAAAUAAAUGAAUUUUGGUAUCAAUCAAUAAAGAAUGCUUUCAUAAGUACUGAGAGUAAAAAUUACAUCUGUGAAUUUAUUAGAAUUUUAGAAAUUUGGUAUUUUGUCUAUUACUCUAUAUUAUGUUUUAAUUACUUUAAAGAUUUAGUUACUUUUACGGAACUAUUCCAGAAGUACCAAAGUGAUAAUUAAAAUUUAUUGCAAUUUAUUGCAAAAUUAUGGCAAUUCACGUGCAAUUCGUCUAGAAAACAGUGAUUAAAGCACAGCCAUUAAUCGCAGUAUGCGCAUCGGAAUUCAGAAAUCCGAGUACAACCUGCGAAUUGAUCAGUAGAGAAGUAUUCAAAAGCAAAACAACACUCUACCGAUGUGAUAAAUGACUCAGAUCGAAAUUUUAAUCAUUACUUUGACACUUCUAGAAUAAUGUCAUAGUUAGUAUGUAAAGGCCUUCAAAUAUAUUUUAAUUAGCACAUUAUCAAGAAAAUACUCUUUGCUGAAGAUAAUCGUAACUCAAUAGAAGGAAAAUAAACUAUAUAAUCACUUUUUUUAGCAGCAGAAUGAUAUUUUCCUGUGUGCGGGCACACGAUACCUUUCGAGGCAGAGGAGGGAGGAGGGAUAAUGCCGUAGCGCGUGCGCGUGCAUCUCUCUUUGACAACACGGAUUAGUUUCCACCAUCCGCCAUCACAUUGCCCCCCGGCUCGCUCGAGGUUUGGUUUGUCGGUUCACACACUAACGGUGGUGGAAUUAACGGUUUAGAUUAACAAAGUAAUUAGAUCGAUUGUGUAUAUUAUAUUAUUAUCGUUACGGGGCGUCUCUCCAGAGAGGCUUGGCAUUCUCGGGGGAGUCAUCGUGACCUAUUUUUUUCCCUUUCUUCUUCGUCUCACGUUCUUUGUGGUACUUUCGUGAGUAAGCUUCCGCGGUGCGAUAACACAGGACCGACGAUGAUUAUACCGACUCGCCGUUAGCAACCUCACUAAUUAGUACAAAAUGGAACGGCAUCUGAGAAUGAUGUUCGUCGCGUCUCUCGCGGUCCUGACCACGACUGCCGUCGAAGGCGUCAUGUCCGAGGAAUUACAGGGAUCAUGGGAAGACAGUGUUACCCUGUCGUCUUUCUAUCUGGAGACCAACUCGUUAGUCGAUGACGCCAACGACACCGGGAAGGCUCGGCUGUCGCUAUGCUGUCGCGUCGGUACGUUCCUCACCGGGAACGACUGCGUGCAAAGCGCGAACGAGACGGAAGCGACGCUGCCGCUGGUCUACGAGGUCGACCUUGCGCCGACGAACAUCACCGCGAGCGACGAGCACUUCUCCUUCCUGGUGUGGAACCCGUGUGCCGGAAGCAACCGGUACGGCCUGAAUCCGCAUCUAUACGAGGACGAGCAAUGGUAUCUCCUGUCGAACGGCUCCGUGUACCGCCCCGAGGCGACAGACGAGGAUAGUCUCCUGAACUACGAUCAGUACUGCCUGGCGAGAGUACGGAACUACGAUUACGCGGAGUAUCUGGCUUUCUUCUGCGAAGAAGCGUUUCCGGACGAUGAGGACAAUGAGAUCGUCUACUCGUACGGAAUGAUCAUCUCGGUGCCGUUCCUGGUCGCCACGUUCGUCGUCUACUGGCUGCUACCUGAGAUGAGGAACAUACAUGGCCUGACGCUGCGCGGAUACGUUGGCUGCCUGUCGGUGGCGUACGUUAUGCUGACGAUGGUGCAACUGAUGCCGCAGGAUUGGCUCUCAUACGAUGGCUGCAUCGCAAUCGCCUUCGUCAUUUACUUCUCGUUCCAGGCGAGCUUCUUCUGGCUGAACGUGAUGUGCUUUGACAUUUGGUGGACGUUCGGCGGAUUCCGCUCUUUACAAGGAAGUGUGAAGCAACGAGAGAAAAAGAAGUUCAUCAUGUAUUCGAUUUAUGCGUGGGGUUGCGCCUCCAUCCUUACUAUUCUGUGUCUCAUCAUGGAUUUCACCCCCGGUAUACCGGAAACUUUAAUCAGACCGGAGUUUGGCUACUUGAGAUGUUGGUUCACGACGGACAAUGCAAAGGGCUUGUAUUUUUACUUACCCAUGAGUAUCACUGUUAUCUGCAACAUCUUCCUGUUUAUUUCUACGGCAUUGAAAAUCAUACGGCACAAGAAGGACACGGCUCAUCAGCUGAGAAGCUCGGAAAGCAGACGUCACGAUGACAACAAGCAAUGGUUUAACCUGUACCUGAAGUUGUUCAUCGUAAUGGGCAUAAAUUGGUCCAUGGAGAUAAUAUCGUGGGCGUUCAAGAGCGCACCGGCAGCCGUCUGGUACAUCACCGAUCUGACGAACGCUCUGCAGGGUCUCAUCAUCUUCAUCAUAUUCGUGUGGAAGGACAAGAUCAGGAAGCUACUACUAAAAAGAUUUGGCUGCCGGGAAGACAUAUUCUCCAGAAACUCAACGCGCAGUGGAUGCCACAGCACAAGUGCCUCGCGCACCAUCACAACGGGAGUGUCACUUCAGGAGAAGAUCAAUCCCUACGUACAGAAUUCGAACUGCCGCGCGAAGAAUUCGUCCGACGAGAAUUCGACCGACUGCCCUAAUGUAUAAUGCGAGGAGAGAAUUCCUUUCAUGCAGAAUCAUCGCAGUCGGUAGCCUAUAAUAAACUUAAUGGUGUCGUAAUGCAAUUUUACAGUCAAAGCUAAAUUUUGUAUUAUUGCGCGUUGAUCUCUUUUUUUUCACUUUAUACAGGGCAUCUGGCGCCACAACACAAUAGCACAACGCUUAUACAUUAAACUGUACAGGAAAAUUUUCUAUCACAAGAUAGAGUUUUACAGAUUUCACAAUAGUUAGUAAAGAAUUGAUUAUAAAAUAUCAACGAAAGUAUGUGAUUGCACGGAGAGUGCUAAGGCGAUCUUUGUAAGUAAAGUCUCAUCCAAAAUAUUUAGAAUCUCUUCACAAUGAUUAGAUGUUCACGUGUAAAUUAUGACCCAAUAAGCAAAUUGAUUUGAACAAAGUAUAUAAAUUACAAUAUUUUAUAUAAUCUAUAUUGUUUACAUGACAAACGGCCGUGUCAUAUACAUCUCGUAGAAAAUAUAAACAAUUCAUGUAGAUGUAAUUUUGAAAUUUACAGCAUAACCCUGAUUUUGACAAUGUCCUGAUACACUCUGUCUGUACAAAAGCAUUGUGUCAUCGUCAGAUAAUCUGUAUAUAAUAUUUGAGACAUAAAAUCAAUGCUACUCUGCCUUUCAGGUAGCACACACGCUUGUUUCUCUCUAUACUUUUUAAUUUUUUAUGUUUAUAUAUAUAUUCUUUUAAUGUUUUAAGUAUUUACGAUUUAAAAAUAUUAUAAAUAUUUUUUAUUUUUAUAACAUUAUUAGCAAUACGGCUGAUGUUAUAAUUUUUUAGUAUUUGUAGCGUUCUUGUAAAAGUUCCCUGAAAUUUGUAUGAAAUUGUCAUAUAAAUUACUUUAUACUUUAGAUAAACGUGAACUAUAUAAAUAUACAUAUAUUAUUGUUGUAUUAAAGAUAUUGACGGAAGAGUUCGUGCACCUGUCUUAUAAUGUGAAUGUGAUCACUUAUAGAAGAUUAUCAUACACCAUUACAUAAUCAUUAUUUCAUUUUAAUUUUUAUUCUUAUGUUCAUUCCUAAAAGAUUUUAAUAUCACUAUAUGUUACAGUGGAUUUAUAUUUACCUCCGGUAAAUUAAUAAAAGUAUGUUGUGUGUAAGUUAUAUGUAUCAAAUGUAUGCCAUAAUUUUGUACAAAUUUUACUUUAAUAUAACUUACCAUAUAAUCACAUAAC